ACCAAAAAAGCCUUCCUUUGAUCAUCACCAUCAUCAUAAUCAAUCAAAACAACAACACACCACUUCUCCUUCUCGACUUGCAUGCUCUUCAUUUCUUCCUUCUCCAAAUUCUCCUCCCACCACUAACAAAACCAUUUUAGUGUCGUAUUCACCAUACGACAACAAUAUUAACACUAAUAACAAUGAGUACUACUUCGGAGACAACAGAGAGCAGCUCAAACUCCUCGACGUCGACCUCCACAUCCUCCUCCCCACAGUCCCCGUCCUCAGUCUGCCCAACUCCUCCGCCGCCGCCGCCGCCUCCGCCGCCGUCAGAUGAAGCCAACAAGAACAGCAAGAUCUGCAAGAGGAUGAGAUCGGAUUCGAGCAAGCACCCGGUUUACAGAGGAGUGAGAAUGAGGAAUUGGGGAAAAUGGGUCUCUGAAAUCCGCGAGCCCAAGAAGAAAUCCCGCAUUUGGCUCGGAACCUUCCCGACGCCGGAGAUGGCAGCGCGGGCCCACGACGUGGCGGCCCUCAGCAUCAAGGGAAGCUCCGCGAUCCUCAACUUCCCGCACCUCGCCGGCUCGCUCCCCCGACCGGCUUCGCUCGCGCCGCGCGACGUCCAAGCCGCCGCCGCCAAAGCCGCUCAGAUGCACAAGCUUGAUGGCUCUCAGACGGCGGCUACAGCCGUCACGACGACCUCGUCUUCGUCUGCAUUGCUGUCAGCUUCUUCGUCGGCUACGACGACGUCGUUUGUGCUGUCGGAGGAGCUGAGCGAGAUCGUUGAGUUGCCGAGUCUGGGGACGAGUUACGAGUCGGCCGAGUUGGGGACUGAGUUCGUGUUUGUUGACUCGGAAGAUGGGUGGGUUUACCCGCCGCCGUGGCUGCAGAGCGUUCGUGAUCAUGAGCUAAUCUCCACUGGGUUUGAGGGUUUGUUAUGGAGUGAUUAUUGAUAUUUUUAACCCAAAAAAAGGGAGGAAAAAAAAAGGUUUGUAAAUGCG